AUGAGUUCCGACCAAGCCGCAGCUGCCCCAGCCAAGAAGGUAAGCAAGCCUAAGGUUGCACCAGCCCAUCCCAAGUAUAUUGAGAUGAUUUCAGCAGCCAUCCGCGCUCUUAAUGAACGUAGUGGCUCUUCUCGUCAAGCCAUCUCCAAAUGGAUCACUGCCAAUUAUAAAAUCUCUGAAACAAGUGCUUCAACUCACAUCAAGCUUGCUUUAAAGCGAGGUGUUACCAGUGGUACUUUAAUCCACACCAAGGGAUUAGGUGCUAGUGGAUCCUUCAAAUUAGUCAAGAAGGUUGAAAAACCCAAAAAGAAGAAGGUCGUUAAGAAGAAGCCUGCAGCCAAGAAACCCGCCAAAAAGACCAAGCCUAAAACCAAGAAGGCUGCUUCACCUAAGAAAGCGGCAAAGAAACCAGCUGCUAAGAAAGACAAGAAGCCAGCCAAGAAAGCUGCCAAGAAGCCUACAACCAAGAAAUCCACUCCUAAAAAGACUACCACCAAGAAGGACAAGGCUAAGAAGUCAAAGGCUAAACCCGCCAAGAAGGUUGUCAAGCCUAAAAAGACCGCCAAGAAAUAA